GGGGGAACGCCCUUCCUUGCCAUUCAGACAACAUUCUUCGGCUCCUUCCUGGAUUUUGCUCCGUACAGGCAAAGCUUCCUCAAACUCCAUGGCCAAGGGUCCCGAGUACAGCAGCCUCGGCACUUUCCAUGAGCAAGUUCAGUGCCUCACCAAUGAAAAUAUUCAGCUACAAGAUCGAAAUGAAAAGCUCUACAGCAAGGUGGAAGAAUUGCAGGAAAAGCUGGAACAAUUGGCUCUCUCUAAGGCGGACCUGUCCUCCAGACUGAUUUGCAGUGAAGAGGAGAAGCUCAAGAUUUCCAAAGAUUUUGUCGAUUUCCAGAUCGAUACUAACAAAAAGAGAGAACAACACGAAGCCGAGAACUUUGAACUGAAGAAUCUGAUCUUGGGCUUGGAGAACCGUAUUCUGGAGAUUGAGCUCCAUGAUGAGAGGACCACCGGAGAACGGGAUGCUUUGCAGGAACACCUGCAGACCUUGGAGAAUGACCACAAGGAGCUGGCCAAUGAGUACCUUGCUUUGAAGAGCAACUACCUUGUAUUGGGCAAGGAGCAUGAACAGGAACUCUCUAAGAGUCAAGAACUGAGCAGAGAGUUACUUAACUUGGUUAAGUCCAAGCAGGAGCAUCCACAUCACGUCCAAACUAAGAGCCUUGAGUCCCAGACUGAAGCUGAAGAACCCUCUGCUGAAGUAGAGCGGGUGCAAACCUUGAUCCAUCGCCUCUCUGCCCGCAGAGCCAAGCCCGAAGAUGUGGUGGCAGCUCCAGAACAUGAACACCAAAAAUUGGAGAAAAGUUUGCUCAGAAACCAAGGUCACAUCACGGAAGAGAUGGAAAAAAUGAGAGAAAUGUACAAUUCCCAGCAACAGAAAUUGGAGGAGAGAAUGAUCACCAUGGGCAAAGAAUUGCAGGAAGCCAAGAAAGCAAUUCGGAACACCCAGCAUAAACUGGCAGAAGAGUCGGUGAUAUUGCUGUCCUCUCAAGGCCAGCUUCAAGAGGUUGAAUCCGAAAAUUCCAGGCUACAGUUACAACUCAAAGAGCUGAACGAGGAAUACCGCUCGCGCCUUGUUCAGUACAUCACAGAUCUGGCGGAGUACACUGAUAGUAAAUCGUCAGCUGCUACAAAGGAACCCGCUCAAAUGAAGCAUUUUGUGGACAGCAUGCUGAAAGACAUCCGGGCUUCCUAUAAAUCUCGGGAGGAACAGCUAGCUAGAGCUGCUCGCGGCUACAAGAAACGCAUGCAGAAUUUGGUCAAGAAGCAUGAGGGUCUACUCAUUGCCUACAGGAUGCAACGUGAACAAAUCCGGUCCCUGGGCUCUCCGGAUCUGGAUCCUGGUCCACCGGAAUACAGUGAUCUUCUCUCUAAGAGUCAAGAACUGAGCAGAGAGUUACUUAACUUGGUUAAGUCCAAGCAGGAGCAUCCACAUUACGUCCAAACCAAAAGCCUUGAGUCCCAGACUGAAGCUGAAGAACCAUCUGCUGAAGUAGAGCGAGUGCAAACCUUGAUCCAUCGCCUCUCUGCCCGCAGAGCCAAGCCCGAAGAUGUGGUGGCAGCUCCAGAACAUGAACACCAAAAAUUGGAGAAAAGUUUGCUCAGAAACCAAGGUCACAUCACGGAAGAGAUGGAAAAAAUGAGAGAAAUGUACAAUUCCCAGCAACAGAAAUUGGAGGAGAGAAUGAUCACCAUGGGCAAAGAAUUGCAGGAAGCCAAGAAAGCAAUUCGGAACACCCAGCAUAAACUGGCAGAAGAGUCGGUGAUAUUGCUGUCCUCUCAAGGCCAGCUUCAAGAGGUUGAAUCCGAAAAUUCCAGGCUACAGUUACAGCUCAAAGAGCUGAACGAGGAAUACCGCUCGCGUCUUGUUCAGUAUAUCACAGAUCUGGCGGAGUACACGGAUAGUAAAUCGUCAGCUGCUACAAAGGAACCCGCUCAAAUGAAGCAUUUUGUGGACAGCAUGCUGAAAGACAUCCGGGCUUCCUAUAAAUCUCGGGAGGAACAGCUAGCUAGAGCUGCUCGAGGCUACAAGAAACGCAUGCAGAAUUUGGUCAAGAAGCAUGAGGGUCUACUCAUUGCCUACAGGAUGCAACGUGAACAAAUCCGGUCCCUGGGCUCUCCGGAUCUGGAUCCUGGUCCACCGGAGUAGUAAAACUAAGUGAAAAAAUGAUCUCCGGGACAUCUUUUCAUGCUCUGCCUCCCCCUGCCCCUAGUCUGUUGGAGGGAGAGGGCUGGGCCGAACUAAGGAAGCAGCUACGGGAAUUUACCCACGCUACCCAGGUGGAACUGGAAAGGGAGAGAAGCCAACUGCUGGCCCGGGCAAUGAUAGCAGAAGAGCAGGUUGCUGAACUGCAAGAAUAUGUGGACAAACAUCUGGUGAGAUACAAGCAGGAGAUUGUGAGAAUGCACAAACUCCUGGGAACUGACGGGUCCCGAGAAUUGAGUGCUGGGGCAUCUGCGAUUCCAGUACUUUUGAUGUCCCAAAGGAACCUCAAUAAGGAAGUGUAGUUUUCUUGUCAGAAUCCUUGCAAAUGUUCUCAAGAGGCGCGAGUAACAACUGGGACCCAACAUCUGGUACACAUUUAUCUUCAAGAGAUAUUAGAUUGAAGUCCUCCAUAGUAGCCAUGUGGGUUCCUGGGUGAAAUUUAAGCUUCCAAAAUGUGAACGUUUUGUUCAACGCUACUCCAAAAUUCUGGAAUGUGUCUGUUUAUGAAGAGCUUUUGGAUACAACACUGUGUAUAUAUACACAGUGUGUGUAUAAGAGGUGAUUAUACAUUCUUGGAAGGACAUCCUGUGCAAAUGAAACCAAAUCUGUCCGCACUUUAUUUUGACUUAGUAUGGGAACAGAAGAUCACAUAUGAUUCCAUUUGGUCUAUGUUUGAUUUGUUGAUUAAAAACUGUCUAUCGCGAUUUAUA